AUGGAGAAUUUUUGCCACCAUGCGUUUACCGCCGUCGCCGCAAUUUGUGCCAAGGAGCGCUCCGGCGUCCACGCUGUGGAGGAAGCCGUCAAGAGCGUCAUCGGCUCUGUCUACGAAAAGUUCCACCUCGUUCCUGACGAGCUCGUCCGCAUCGCCAACCGCAACCCCGACCGCUCCGGCGCCGCCGUUCACCGGCCUACCCCGCCUCCCAAGACCACCGCCUUUGGCAUUGCCGGAGCCGUUUACGCCGAGUGCGAGCUGGCGGCGAAGGAGCUGUACGAGAGGUACGAGGGCAAGGCGGAGCAAUGCGCGGUGGCAGCGUGGCAGCGGCUGUUCCCUCGGGUGCCGAAGGCGGCAUAUUGGACGGAGAAGUACAACAAGAAAGUUGCGGCAGCGGCGGAGAAAGGUUGUAGGGUUUCGGCAUUGGUUGCUACGGAGAAGAUAGCUAAGAUGUUUAGUGAGAAACGAUCAUGA